AUGAUCGCCAAGUUCGCUCUCCUCUCGCUCGCCGCGUCCUUUGCCCACGGCACUCCGCUCGCUAGCGGCGAGGGCCAGCUCGAUCGCCGCCAGUCGUACACCAACGCUAGAAUGACCUUCUACAACGCUGAUGGAAUCGGCUCAUGCAACAAACCCAUCACGAACACCGAAUUCAUCGUUGCGCUCGACUCCGCCCUCUACGACGGCGGCGCGCACUGCGAAGAGUCUAUCACGAUCGAGUACAACGGAAAGUCUGCCGUGGCGACCAUCGCAGAUGAGUGCGUUGGCUGCCCUUCCGGCGGGCUCGACCUGAGCGUGAGCCUGUUCGAAUACUUUGCGAGCCUCGAGGUCGGACUGUUCUAUGCAGACUGGUACUACAAUUGA